AGGCGGAGAAGGACUCAGCGAGCUCAGAGCCGUACCUGUGUGUGUCAGAUUUCGUGGCUCCGCGGGGCAGCGGCGUGCAGGAUUAUGUGGGUCUGUUCGCUGUGUCUGUGUUUGGAGCAGAAGAGCUCAGUCAGAAGUUUGAGCAGCAGGGAGACGAUUACCGCAGCAUCAUGGUCAAAGCACUGGCCGACCGACUUGCUGAGGCGUUCGCAGAGGAGCUGCAUGUCCGCGUGCGCAGGGAUUUGUGGGGUUACAGUAGUGAGGAGGAUCUGCCGGCGUCUGACUUGCACAAGCUGCGCUAUGAAGGCAUUCGUCCAGCCGCUGGUUACCCCAGUCAGCCGGACCACUCGGAGAAAAUCACCAUGUGGAAACUUGCUGACAUACAGGAGAAAACCGGCAUCUCUCUGACUGAGUCUUUGGCCAUGUCUCCUGCUGCGUCUGUGUCUGGCCUGUACUUCUCCAACCCCAAGUCUACUUAUUUUGCUGUGGGUAAAAUCACUAAGGAGCAGGUGGAGGAUUACGCUCUGAGGAAGCAGAUGGAGGUGUGCGAGGUCGAGCGGUGGUUGGGUCCGAUUUUGGGUUAUGACACUGACUGAUGCUGACCACUCAGAUCCACAUGACACCGCAGGGAAAAACUGUUGUCACUCCUAAUAACACUGGAUCACCAACGAUGAUGGAGCUUCAGUCAUUUCAUGUUGAUGCUUUUAGCUCAGAUUUAGUAUUUUUAUCUCAGAAGUGUUCAAAGACACCUUCUUUUCUUUUUAAUCUUCACACUACAGAGAUGUUUUAAUUGUAUUUCUAUUUUUAAAGGGAUGGUGAUGAGCACUUAUUUUUGUUUUUAGAUGUGGGUUUUAUAGGUUGAUGUCCUUUGAUUAGAUUUCAAGAAAAUAUUAAGCCCAACAGAAGACUCUUAUUAUGACUUCUAGAUUUUGAGGUUGUAGAAAUUGACCUCACAAGUAGCAGUAAGUUGUCAGUGAUCACGGUCUAUGUCUUACUAUAAAUUGCAUUUGCAUAUUCAAGGUCCAUCAGAGUGAAUUGUCCAUGUCAGUAUUAAUAUACAAGCACCAAUAUGAGUCUGUAAUUGUUUCAUUGGUCCAGGUAUUAUUUCAGCAUGUUAAUUUCAUGAGGUUAAAAGAUAUUGAAUACUUUAAAAUUUGUGAAAAUGAUUAUUAAAAUGUGUAAUUUCUAUAUUUUUCAGAUAAUUCUGCACUAAAUAA